AUGGCUGAAGAUUAUAAACAACUUUAUGAAUCUAGGGAUGAUUAUGAUGUGAUUAUUUAUGCUGGUGAAGAGCCCAAUUCUGAAGAAAUUCAUGCUCAUUCUUUAGUGCUUCGUACUAGGUCCGCUUAUUUUCGUGGUGCUCUUUCCUCUCGUUGGGCAAUAAAAGAUAAAGAUAAUGGUUGUUUUAUCUUUAAGAAGCCCAAUAUCUCUCCAUCAGUUUUUGAACUUAUCCUUAAAUUUUUAUAUUGUGGGGAAAUAGAUAUUAAAGAUCAAGAAGGAGAGGCAAUCUUAGAGCUUUUGUUUGCUUCGGAUGAAUUUGGCCUUACGAAACUUAUUGACCAUGUUCAACAAUAUUUCGUUGAAAAUCACCAAGACUUUUUACGACAAGAUCCUGCAAAAAUGCUUCAUGUUGUUGCUCGUCAUGAAGCUCUUGAUGAGAUUAGAAAAUAUUCAUUAGAAACCAUUGGAUCAAAACCUGAAAUUAUAUUUGAUUUUUAUCAUAAAGUAUUGCCAUAUAUGUCUAUCCUUCCAAGUAACCUAUUCAAUGACAUUUUGCGCUGUUACAUGGUUCCAGGAGCAGUGCCUCUCUAUAAUGCACAUCCUUCUAGAUCUAAAAUUGAUUCGAUUUUGAUUAAUAAAUCCCAUGCAUUAUACUUUGCAGGCUGGAUUGAUAAACAAAAUAAUCCUUAUAAAAAUACGCUUCCUUAUAAGUUUAUUCUUUUAUUCCGUGGCAGCAGAGAUGGCUUUCAAGACAAUAUAUUUCAUCAAAAAUGUGAUAAUAAAGGUGCAACGAUUUUCGUGGCGAAGAUUCGAAAUUCAAACCAACUUGUUGGUGGUUACACUCCAGUAGAUUGGGAUACAAGUGGCCAAAAUAAGUAUUCAACCGAUAGCUUUUUCUUUGUACUAAAUAAUCUUAAUGAUUUAUCAAAUGUCCAAUUAAGACGUAUCUCAUCUAGUUACGCUUCUUAUGCAAUAUAUUGUCAUGGUAACAAUGGACCAAAUUUUGGUGAUAGUACUUUAUAUAUUAAGGGGAAAAAUAUAUAUUAUAGUCACAACGGGUAUUAUCCUUCUAUUAGCUUUUCAAAUGGUUUACAAAUUGAAGAUUAUGAAGUAUUUCAA